AAACAACACCUUUUUAUGGGAAUGAUUAUUGCCACAAGUCAAAUUGUUAGAACCACCAAAUUUAGGACUUAAGUUCCAUAUUUAAUUAGGUGAACAAGCCUGUAUGUUCAAAGUGCAAGGGCUCUCGCUCUCUCCCCAAAAAAUGAGAGUGUCUGCAUCCUGAAUGGGAGUCGCUGCUGGGUGUUCCCAGUCUCUGUUAGUCUCCUAACUUCAAUCGUUUUUCUUCUCUUUCAUUGUAUAUACUAUCACUUCUUUCGCUGCCUUCCAUAUCAUGUUUCUUUGUUGUCCCUUUUGGUAUCAAAAACCCCAAACAUAGAUUCUGUGUUGUUCUUUUUUCAACCUUCAUCAUAAACCCUAUAAUUCCAAUCUUAUGCCUUGAGCCCCGGAUUAUAGCAGUUUGCAGUGGGAUCUGGGUUCUAAAUCAAAUCAGAGAUCAUCUCAGACCCUUUCCCCAAAAAGAGUAUCUUCAUCCCUAAGACUUUGAUCGGGGUCAAUUGACAUUUGAUUGAAGUUAUUUGAAGCUUCAUUUCAAGUCCAUAAUCCUUCCAACUCAUAUUGGCCUAUCGGAAAAGUAUAAAUAUCGGAGUUAGCCUAGGUUCUUUUUCCCUCUAUUUACCUGUUUCUGCAGAUGUUUGUGUGGUUUCAAUUUCAUAGAGGGAAAUCAUUUCUGAAGAGUUAUUUAUCAAUUAACCAUGGGUUAGUAGCAAUCAGGAUAUUAUUUCAUGAGCCUGGGGUAAUUUCCUUGAGUUAUGCUGUUAGAAUUGUUAGGAUUUUGUCUAAGAUGCUGUUGGGAAUAUUUCUAUUCAUUGAGAAAAUGUGUUUUUGCGAUUUUGGACAUUGUUUCUUCAUAUACAAAGUAUGGAUGCAAAUGAAUUUGUAUGAUCCUUUAGGUGCAGAUGUAUGUAGGAGAACUUUGUCUUGUUUUGGAUUCUCAAUCCCGGUAGCUCUUAUACUUAUGACUAGCUAGAUUGGGAAGAUUGUUUUGAAUGGCUACAAUGAUGAUUGUGGAUCCCUGGAGGAUGGUUUAAAAUAUGAGAUUGGCUAUUUUGCAAAGGAUUUUGGUGAUUUAGGUUGUUCUUUUCAGAACAGAAAAAUAAUUUGUUUUAUGGUUACUUGUCUACUUGAUGUUGGCAUGAGAUUAAUGGUGGCAAGGAGUUGUUUAAGGGCAAUUUGGAGUGGGUGUCUCAGCUGGGAGAGGUAUGGAUGCAUGGCAGCAAGAUCUUUGUCUUAUCUUUCCAUGUCAUCAUAUACUUACACUGGUGGCCUUUCUUUUCCCUCCACUUUUUGUCAUAAUCAGAAAUGGACUCCUUGUAUGCCACUGCUCCACUGUGGUCUCUCUAUCCCUGCUCAAUUUGGUUUUUCCUCUGUUUCACUAGUAUGAGGUCUCUCCUCGGAGGUGCUGUGUUGCUUUGCACAACUAGCUAGUCUCAACUUCUUAGUUCCUCUCUAUGGUGAUGUAUUUCAGAUGACUAAAGGUGAAGUAGAUGAUAUGUUCUUCAAACAAAGCCUAUUAUUAAGAGGAUGUAAAGCUUCCGGCAGGAGCUCCCCCGUCCUCUUGUCUCCUUUUUGCAGGAUUUCAUCAGGGUGUUUUGGUGUUUUGUUUUUGUUCCAGCUUUUUUCAAGUGCUAUUUUUUCCCUUCUGGUUCAUGUCCUUUGUGCAAGACUUUUGUAAGGAUCUUGUAUUUAGGCUAUAUACAAGUAUGUUUGUUGGCCAAAAAAAAAAGUCUGUAUAAGUUCAUACGAAGAGUAGUCGUAUUUAGUUUGCAGCCAUAACCAUUUUCAUUUGUUUCUCUUAAGAUAUCUGAAGUUUGUAAAACAUCUUCCAGGGUUUUGAGCAAUUGAUAAGCCUGUGAAAUUCUGUCCAU